AUGAAACUCCUUUGGCUCACUUUCCUAGUAUUGGCGGCAGCUUCUAACCUCCUUCGAGUAAACGAUAAAAAUUUCAACGAUGUGGUGAAGAACUCCGGAAAGUUCACUUUGGUUGACUUCUAUGCUGAUUGGUGUAGACAUUGUAUGAACCUUAUGCCUGCGAUCGAAGAAUUAGCUGAUCUUUACGCAGAUGUGGAAGAUAUUCAAAUUGUGAAGAUCAACGGAGAUGAAGACGGAAGGAAAAUGACAUCAAAGUAUGACAUACCUGGCUUCCCAACACUAUUGUUGUUCCAUGGAAAUGACAAUCCUAUUGAGUAUGAUGGAAUGAGAGACGCUGAAUCCAUCAGCAACUUCAUUCAACAAGCUUCCGGGGUGAGACUCAGUAAAUCCGGAGAAACCGAUGAACAAGAGAUUAGCAUUACGAAACCAACUCAAAUCAUGGCACUAGAUGACGACAACUUCAAGGAAAAGGUACUUGAUGCAAACUACAAAACCCUUGUCAUGUUCAGCGCUCUGUGGUGUAGGUACUGCAAGGAAGUGAAGCCAUUUUGGGAGGAAAUCGCCAACAAAAUCUUCGACUCAGAUUCUGAAAUCAUAAGAUUCGGAGAAGUUGAUCUUAGUGAGGAAAACAAUUCAAAGGCUGAAAAGAUAAAGGAGCAAUUUGGAGUUCGCUUAUUGCCCAGUAUUAUGCUCUUUGACCCAUCUAGAAUUGAUAAAGAUGGAUUGAAACGACCAGUCGUUUACAACGACGACCGCAAUUUGGAGUAUUUGGUGACAUUUGUCAACGACGAGACUGGUCUCAGCAGGAAUUAUGAAGGUAAAUUGUUUGCAAAUGCGGGAAGAAUAUUAAGCAUUGAUGAAGCAAUUGAGGCUUAUGAGGGACACAAUGGCGAAGCAAUCGUGAGGAAAAUAGAAGAACUCGAAUCUCAGUUCUUGGAGCAUGGUAGGGACUUUUUGGUGGAAAAGAAUAUUCUCUUUUUUAAGGAUGACAUGAGUAUGACCUCAUAUUACAAGAAAAUAGUUGGGAGAAUCAUCAACGAUGACAAGGAGUACUUUGUUGGAGAAACUGCAAGGUUGAGAUCCCUCGUCUCAAAGGAAGAAGCAAACAUGGAACGCACUGCUUACGAUUACAUGCAAAAGAGAUUGAAUAUUUUAGAGGCUGUAUCCAAGAUGAAGAAAUUCUAA